AUGGAAAAGCUAGGAUUUCAUAAGGUUUCAAAUCAUCCGGGUCCUGGAAACCCUUUGAUCACUCACAAUCAGCCAAUUGUGCCUGAGAGAAAGGCGCCAGUGAGACACUUUAAGAAGCAGUUCAAGGUAGAUAACUGCCCUUCGAAUGCGGUGGCAUUGUCUAAUUGUAUUGGGGUUAACCCAAGAGACUUCCAGGAGGUAGGAAACAGAGAACCAGUCAUAUUGGACGGAAAUUUUGUCUAUUCAAUUUUCAAGGACGACUCGGUGGCACCAGGACUGGUCGGACUUGCAGGUAACAUGAGACUGUGGGGAAAAUGGUCGUUGCAGCAGCCAGUGGUGGUCGAACCCUUCAACAUAUUUGAUGGGAAUAAAAAGAGCUAUUUGGGAAGUGUGGAAUUGGUGAUUGAUUUCAGAUCCAGAUCAAAGGCGCACUCGGCUCCUAUUAACCACGACGAGUUGGUGCAACACUUUUUGAAGAUGUACGAGAACCAGAUCUUGCAGCCAUCACAGUCGAUUGUCAUGGACUUUAAGGCGAAUAUUUUCAUCAUCACUGUGACUGGUAUCCAGGUGCUUGAUAUCAACAACUUGGGCGAUGUACCAGACUUGCAGACAUUGAGCGACUUGAGUGCGAAGGGGAUUUUGAUCAAACAGACCCAAGUCAGUAUGUAUCCAGUAGAGGGUUCGUCGAUCAACAUUGCAGCUCCAAGUGGCUCGAGACAACUUAGAAAGCCUCAGGGUAAACCAAUAAUCAACCCUGAUUUCAAGUUGGAACAAAUGGGUAUUGGUGGGUUAGACGAAGAGUUCUCGCAGAUUUUUAGAAGGGCUUUUGCCAGUAGAAUUAUUUCACCAGAUUUAGUAGAAAAGUUAGCGUUGAGACAUGUCAAGGGUUUGUUGUUGUUCGGACCCCCAGGUACAGGUAAAACAUUGAUUGCAAGACAAAUUGGUAAAAUGUUGAAUGUUAAGGAGCCAAAGGUUGUUAAUGGUCCAGAGAUGUUGUCCAAGUAUGUUGGUGCAUCUGAAGAGAACAUUAGAAAGUUGUUUCUGGAUGCCGAAACUGAAUAUAAACAGAAGGGAGAAAACUCGCAAUUACAUAUCAUUAUCUUUGAUGAAUUGGAUUCAGUUUUCAAACAAAGAGGAUCUGCGAAGUCCGAUGGUACCGGGGUUGGUGACAAUGUUGUGAAUCAGUUGUUAGCAAAGAUGGAUGGUGUCGACCAGUUGAACAACAUUUUAAUUAUUGGUAUGACCAACAGAUUAGAUUUGAUCGAUAAUGCGCUAUUGAGACCUGGUAGAUUCGAGAUUCAGAUUGAAAUUUCGUUGCCAGACGAAAAGGGCCGUAAAGACAUUCUUUUAAUUCACACCAAAAAGAUGAAAGAAAACGACUUGUUGGAAGACGAUGUGGACUUUGACGAAUUAGCAGCCUUAACUAAGAAUUUCACAGGUGCCGAGUUAGAAGGUUUAUGUAAUUCGGCAACUUCUUUUGCCAUCAAUAAGUAUACCAAGAGUGACUCAAUGGCACAAGUAGAUGCUAAUAUUGCCAAGAUGAAAUUGACCAGAAACGAUUUCUUAUUGGCAUUGAAUGAAGUAAAGCCGGCGUUUGGUGUUAAUGAAGAAGACUUGACCAAGAAUGCUCCACACGGAAUUAUCCCAUACUCUCCUAAAGUCAAAACUAUCUUUGAUAAGGGUCAAUCGUUUAUUGAUGAAGUUAAAUCUUCCGAGACAGAGAGAUUAAUCAGUAUUUUGUUACAUGGACCUCCAGGGUCAGGUAAGACUGCAAUCGCGUCUACCUUGGCGCUCAAUUCGGAUUUCCCAUUUAUCAAGAUGCUUUCUGCCGAAAGUUUGGUGGGAAUGUCAGAAGGUAUGAAAAUAACCACUAUCGACAAUAUUUUUAGAGAUAUAUACAAGUCUCCAUUAAACAUCUUGGUUAUUGAUAAAAUCGAGAAUUUGAUCAACUACGUUCCAAUUGGACCUAGAUUUUCCAAUGACAUCUUGCAGAUGUUGAUGGUCAACUUGAAUAAGCAACCACCUAACGGAAGAAGACUUUUGAUCAUCGGAACGACGUCGCAAUAUUCGGUUUUAAAACAUAUGAACUUGGUAGAUUGUUUCACCAAGACCAUUGGUGUGGGGCAAGUUACCAGCACUGACGAACUAAUGAUAAUUAUGACCAAAAUCGGCUUUAUGAAUGAACAAGAUAGACAUGCUAUCGUGGACCAAUUAAACAAUAUGGAAAAUCCAAUGGGUAUUGGUAUCAAAAAGCUUUUGCAAGUAUUGAUGAAUUCGAAAUACUUGAAGGCCGAUGUCAAUGGUGUGGUAGAAAACAUCAUAGAAGCACAUUUAACCUAG